AUUUUAAAACGAGAUAUUCUAAAUAAAAGAAGCCUAAUCGGGAGUGCUCUUCUUUCUCUCUCUUCAAAUUUCGGUUCACUACGAAUUCCAAUUUCUAGAAUUUCUAAUCACAUUCUGCAAAAAUGGUGUUAGCACAAUUAGGAGGGAGCAUAUCCCGUGCUCUCCAGCAGAUGAGCAAUGCCACAAUCAUCGAUGAGAAAGUUCUUAAUGAAUGCCUCAAUGAGAUCACUCGCGCCCUUUUGCAAUCCGAUGUUCAAUUCAAGCUUGUCAGAGAUAUGACCACCAAUAUUAAGAAGAUUGUAAAUCUUGAUGAUCUUGCUGCUGGUCAUAACAAGCGCAGAAUCAUUCAACAGGCUGUAUUUAAUGAGCUCUGCAAAAUUUUGGAUCCCGGGAAGCCAGCUUAUGCUCCAAAGAAAGGGAAACCAAGUAUCGUCAUGUUUGUUGGUCUACAAGGGUCGGGGAAGACAACUACCUGUACAAAAUACGCGUAUUAUCAUCAGAAAAAAGGUUGGAAACCAGCUCUGGUUUGUGCUGAUACUUUUAGAGCUGGUGCUUUUGAUCAGUUGAAGCAAAAUGCUACCAAAGCUAAGAUUCCCUUCUAUGGAAGUUACAUGGAGUCAGAUCCAGUGAAAAUUGCUGUUGAAGGUGUAGAAAGAUUCAAAAAGGAAUCUUGUGAUCUCAUUAUUGUUGAUACUAGUGGACGCCACAAACAAGAAGCUGCUCUCUUUGAAGAAAUGCGCCAAGUUGCUGAGGCAACGAAACCAGAUCUUGUCAUAUUUGUCAUGGAUAGUAGCAUCGGUCAAGCUGCAUUUGAUCAAGCUCAAGCUUUCAAGCAAAGUGUUGCUGUUGGUGCCGUGAUUAUUACUAAAAUGGAUGGUCAUGCAAAAGGAGGUGGUGCUCUUAGUGCUGUGGCUGCAACCAAGAGCCCUGUGAUAUUCAUCGGAACAGGAGAGCACAUGGAUGAGUUUGAGAUUUUUGAUGUCAAGCCGUUUGUUAGCCGCCUUUUGGGUAUGGGUGACUGGUCAGGGUUCAUGGAUAAGAUUCAUGAAGUGGUUCCCAUGGAUCAGCAGCCUGAACUUUUGCAGAAGUUGUCUGAGGGGAACUUUACUCUCAGAAUCAUGUACGAACAGUUUCAGAGUAUCAUGAAGAUGGGUCCUAUUAGUCAGGUCUUCUCAAUGCUUCCUGGGUUCAGAGCUGAGCUGAUGCCCCAAGGUCAAGAAAAGGAGAGCCAGGCAAAGAUCAAGCGCUAUAUGACCAUGAUGGAUUCAAUGACAAAUGAUGAGUUGGAUAGUUCAAACCCAAAACUUAUGACUGACUCGCGAAUAAUGCGGAUUGCUCGUGGAGCUGGUCGUCAUGUUAGGGAAGUGAUGAACAUGUUGGAGGAAUACAAACGGCUUGCAAAGAUCUGGAGCAAGAUGAAGGGACUUAAGAUUCCAAAGAAGGGAGAAAUGAGCGCAUUGUCACGUAACAUGAAUGCACAACAUAUGAGCAAGGUUCUUCCUCCACAGAUGUUGAAGCAGAUUGGGGGUAUGGGUGGUUUGCAAACCCUAAUGAAACAAAUGGGUAAUAUGGGAAAUAUUGGUUCUGCUAAAGACAUGAUGGGUAUGUUUGGUGGGGGUGACAAGUAAAUAUUGUUAUUACCUUCAAUGGAGUUUUGAUUUAGAAAGAAGUAGAUGUCCAACACAAAGAUGCUUCAAAGCAAUGAAUACACCCUACUCUAGGCGAGGAUUUCUAAACCUAUAAUGGUUGAGUACCAAUACAGAAUAUAUUAGUACCAAAUAACACAAAAUUGCUAAGGAGUACCAAUACAAGUCAUAUUGGUACUAAAAUAUUCUGUAUUGGUACUCACUUGUGUGACUGGGAAGAGAAAAGUGUUAACAGUAUAAGAGAGCGAAAAUUGAGCCUAUCUGUCAAAUGAAAAUCUCAAUCCUUUAUUUUCAUGGUACAUAUUCCAUUCAAGGGCAUUAAAGAUUAAAUACUUAUCAUAAGGUCAUCAUUCAAAUGAUCAAUUGUUGCAUUCAUAACUUAUCUGUACAUUUAUUAACUCAGUAAGUUGCAACAUCAAUAAAGAGCUCUGUAACCAUCUUUCGCAGCU